CAAAUCAGCUCUAUGUCUGUCAGUAGUGCCUCCUCCAAUGCCUCACCCUGUUUGUUGGCUGUGGUGUUGCCCCAUAGCCCAUCCCUUGCAUUAAAGUCACCAAACGUGAUGGUGUUGUUGAACAGUAUGGCAUUAACUAGACCACAGCUGCCUGAGAAACCCCCUGUGGCAGCCAAGCCUAGAUUCAAACCCCCUCUCCUGCCUCCAAAACCAUCUGCUUCCCUCUUCAUAUUGUCACCACCAUCUACAACAAAAGCAUCUUCCAUUAACAAUAACACUUAUAAACCCCAGAAAUCUGAGACUGGGAAGAAAGCGGCCGUUCCUCCACCAAUUCCCAAGAACCCUCCCCGUGCUGGAGUCUUGAAGAAGUCCAGAAGUUUAAGCGCAAGGUUGUCACAAGAAGUGGAGACAACCCCAGCUUCAGCAGCUAGUCAUCAAGACUCCCAGAGUGUGUCACUCUCCUGUGGUAAUACAGGGGACAGCAAAGGGAAGACAGCUGAUUAUGAUCUGAGACAUUCUUUCAGAGCUGACAGUCAACAGAGCACCAGAGAUAAGGUUCAGAAGCUUCUGCAGCGACAUCAGCACACACUAGCUUCUGGAAGCAAUAGAAGCAACACAUCUACACAAGCUGUUGGCACUAAUACAAGGCCAGUACCUGUAACAACCAGUAUUACAGAUAGUCAGUUCAGAGACCAACAUUCUAAAACACUUCCAAAGCCUAAGCUAAGAUCUGCUUCAGCUUUGUGGUCAUCACUUGAGCCCGACAUCACCUCUAGUAAGUUCAGAACUGUCAACAGUAGCAAACCUGAUCGCAAUAAGCUGGACAAUAUAUCUGUACCACAGAAUACCAAACUGAAUUUCAGCACUGUAAGAAAAUCUGAGUUAGGGUACAAAGAAGUUUUUAGAGGUGAUACAGGUGUAGAUACACAUCCACAUUGCACAGGCAGAGUUCUUUCAUGUGAACUUGGCAAAGGCGGGCAGUCACAAAACACUGCUGAGGUAAGUGUCCAAAGUGGUAAAGAACCAAAGGAAGUAGACGGCAGAGGAUUUCCUCAGUAUAAUGCUAAACCUGAAACUUCAGAUGAUUUUCCAAGCCUGUUGAGAGAUCAACCAGAAGACACUUGUGAUAUGCUCAAAGAGAUCGAGGAACUGCUGAAGACAAAACUUGGGUGUUUAGAAUUUGACGAAGAACAUAAAGAUACAACAGAAGCCAUUAUAGAUUCCUGUGAUGAUGUCUGUAAACAGAACUGUGAGCCCAGCAGUGGGCCUAACAGAGUAAUAUCCCUUGUGGGAAGUGUUCCUAAGCCCAGCCAGUGUGAGUCUUCUUCCUCUGGUCCUCCAAGACUGGGACUUAAAGUUGGUGAAUGUAGCAACUUGAGAAACUUUGGGUCAGGAGCAAGAGCUGCAGAUGGAUUUACUGGUGAUUUUCCCCAUCAUCAGACUUUGGCUGAGAGUACUAAAGUAACUUCUGGUCCAGACAGAAAGGUCAGCCCACCAAAACCCAAACGUACUUUUACUCAUUGUGCCAGCAACGUACCCUAUCCUGUCUCAGUUCAUCAACCUGUCAGAGAGGAGGGAAUACCUUUCAGUGAUCACACUGAUAUUUUGGAAAAGAAUCAGCUUGUAGACUCAGAUCCUCCUCCAUUACCACCUAGAAAUAAACCAAGGAGUGUAAGUCUAAGAGAAAUUGUGGAGACAGAUUCUUCAAGUCCUAAAAGAAGCUCGCCACUGGCCAUAGAGUCCUGUGUGACAAUACAUUCACAGACAAGGGAUACCAAAAUCCCAGACCCUUCACCAGCACAGCUGCAGCAGACUGCCCAGCCAGGUACUCAGCUGAUUUCCCCGGCACGUAAAGCCUCAAAGUCUAGACUGUCCAGAGAAUCUCUGCCACCACCACCUCCAGGACCUCCACGGAGAGCUGCAACAUUCAGUCCAGGAGAUAGCAGACUGCCAGGUCAAAGGUCAAUGCAGAGAAAAGCCAAGAAAGUCCUCUUCAUAGCAAAAGAAAUUGUGUCUUCUGAAAGCACAUUUGUUGAUGUUCUACGUCUGUUGAAUGUGGACUUCCGAGUGCACAUUUCAAAAUCAGGAGAGCAAUGCAACCAUCCCAUUGUGCCAGCAGAGACUAUGAAUAAAAUCCUGGACUUCCUUCCGCAGCUUCAGAAUCUGAAUGAAGACUUGCUGAAGGACCUCAGUGAGAGAGUAGAGCAUUGGGACGUGAAUCCUCGGCUUGCAGAUGUCUUUGUCAAGAAAGGACCUUUCCUGAAGCUGUACACUUCAUACAUACGCAACUUUGAAAAUGCAACCACAGCCUUAGAGGAGGCCUGUAAGAGGAACUCGGCAUUUGCAGCGGCUGUAAAAGAGUUUGAGAUGAGUUCCAGAUGUGCUAGAUUGGCUCUGAAACACUACAUGCUGAAACCCAUUCAAAGGAUCCCUCAGUACAAGCUGUUAUUGCAAGACUACUUGAAACACUUGGCCCAAGAUUCCCCUGAUUACAAAGAUACCAUCAAUGCUCUCAGUAUAGUCAGUGAGGUUGCUGAACAUGCCAACAACAGCAUGAGACAGGGGGAUCAUCUUCAGAAGCUUCUGGAGGUUCAGAGGUCACUGGUCGGACAGUUUGAGGUCAUUCAGCCAGGAAGAGUUCUGAUAAAGCAGGGUGAGCUACAGAAACUGUCCCGCAGAGAAAUGCAGCCAAGAAUGUUCUUCCUGUUCAGUGAUGUGCUGUUGUAUACAACUCCCACAAGCAUAGGAUACAAGAUCAACAACAUUUUGUCUCUCACUGGCAUGAAGAUUAACUCUCCAAACUUGGAACAUUACAAGUUUGAAUUCAACAUUAUCAGUGUCCAACGCUCUUUUACUCUCUGUGCUAG